AUAAGGUAUUAAGAUUAUGCUUAAGGGCAUAAUAUCCUCAAUAAUUGGUAACUAAACAACAAAAUAAAAAUAACAAACUGGUAUGGCAUAAAAUAUUUCGAUGUUUGCAGGAUACAUACCAUGGGAUAUAAUCAAAUAUAAUUUUGUAACAAAUAUUAUCCAAACAUUCACUAUAAGUAGCAGUGCAUACAUCAAUUCUAGUCUUGACACCUUAGCUGUUGCACUUUUUACUGUUGGUACAGUACAUCUAGAAAUUAUCAAUGAAAAUUUGAGAGAAUUUGACUAUACAAGAUCAGAGGAUGAAGUGUCAAAAGAAUUCAAAAGCAUAAUAAUGUACCAUCAGAAUGUUAUAAUAUUCAUCAGAAAGGUUGAGAAAUUAUUCGGUUAUGGAUUAUUUUUUCAAUUCGCAGCAAGUGUGGGUGUUAUUUGUAUGACCGGUUUUCAACUUCUUGUGAUCGACACCUUCAGCAUAGAAUUUGCUAUGCUUACCAGCUAUUUCAUGUGCAUGAUGACUCAAGUUUACAUUCUCACCAAAUCUGGACAGAUAAUAACAAUCCAGAGUCAUGAACUGGUACGUUCAGUUUACAUGAGUAAUUGGUAUGAAUCUACACCCAAGGUUCGAAAAAUGAUUUUUAUUUUUAUGGAAAGAUGUAAGAAACCAAUUGUUUGCACAGCUGGAAAUUUUUUCACACUUUCCCUGGCAACAUUAAUAACUAUAAUCAAGUCGUCAUAUUCUUAUUAUGCAGUACUCAGAAGCAUUUAUAUAAAAAAUUCAGAAUACCCAUGAUUUGUGCAGGUAAUAAUUUAAAUGAAUAUAUGCACAUUGUAGCAUGACAAAGAAAAUAUAGUAUGUCUAUCAAGUUUUAUAAUUCUUACAUUGGUCAUCUUUUGAUAAAAUUUUCUCCAUAUAAUUUGAGGAAAACGUUUGUACUGAAUGAAGCUUUCUUGAAAAAUA